AGCUCUGAUGUAAAAGUCGGCACAUUGUGUUAGACAGCCCGCAGCCACUAACCAUGAGAGAAGUAGUGUGUCUCCACGUGGGUCAGACAGGGGUCCGUAUAGGUAGUGCCUUAUGGCAGCUCCUCUCUCAACAACACUCCUUACACCCUGACGGUAGCUUAUCCUCACGUGACCAGUUUUACCCUACCUCUAUGUUCAGUGAGAGUAGCAGUGGUGAACUGACCCCCCGAUGUGUGUUCACUGACCUGGAAACUACCAUAGUAGAGGACGUCAGGAGGGGACCCUGGGGUGGGCUGUACCAGUCAGACUGUUUUGUAACUGAUAAAGAAGACGGAGCCAGUAACUACGCUAGGGGGAACUUGUCAGUAGGAAGGGGCCGUGUGGGGGAGUGUUUAGAUCGGAUCAGGAAGGAGGUGGAAGGGUGCGAGUCUCUGCAGGGACUAGUGAUAUCUCACUCUGUGGGAGGAGGAACUGGGGCUGGCUUCACUGCUCUCCUCAACCAACACCUCCGAGACCUCUACAAACACAAAACAAAGUUACAGUUCACAGUCUUCCCCUCCCCUCACAUCUCACCUAUAGUUGUAGAACCCUACAACACAACACUUUACAUGAGCCAUGCUCUGGAUGCCUCUGACUCAGAACAGUUAACAGUCCUGCUGGAUAACGAAUCUUUGUACAAGGUGGCUCAGAGAGAAGGAGUGGAGUUGCCCGACUACUACGAUAUAAACCAGCUCAUUGGUAGGAUAGUAGCCUCUGUUACAGCUCCAAUCAGACUACAGGGCCCUCAGACAGUGGACCUUACCACUAUCCAGACUAACUUAGUACCUUACCCCAGGAUCAGUUAUGUGACUGCUAGUUUGUCCCCUAACUGUGAGGGCAACACUCACCAACUUACCUCUGUAUCCGAUAUGACUGUAUCAUGUUUUGGCGAGGAAACUUCAACUCUUGAUUUAGACAGGGUACAUGGUAAAGUACUUUCUAGCUGUCUGCUGUACCAGGGGUCUGUAACUCCGGGGGAGAUUAACACGGCCAUUCGUCAGCUGUCCGCUCUGCGAAGUUUGAAAACCACCAGCUGGGUACCCUGCCCUUUUAAAGUAGGGAUAGUAAAUCAGUCCACCAAAUCUGACCCUGUCCUUCCGUCCGUGUGUGCUUUAACCAACCACACCGGCCUUGAAACCACUAUUGAGAGCAUAACCGGGAAGUUCGAGAGACUGUACCGGCGGCGCGCAUUCUGCCACUUCUACCAUGGUGAGGGGCUAGGGCAGGACGAGUUCCAGGACGGGUUAGAGCAGAUGUCAGCGUGGGAGAAGGACUACAUGUACGAGAACCAUCCCUACCAAGGACCCUGGUACCGCUACAGGGGGGAGGGCGAUGAGGACUCAGACAGCGAUGAGAGUGAGGAGUAUGGGGAGGGAGGUGGCAAUGUGGAGACGUUAGUGAGAAUUAGAGGGAGGGGGGAGUGAGGGUGAUAUUUAAAAAUAUGAUAUUUUGAUAUGUUAAUUUAAUUUAUGUUUUAAAGAUUUGAAAUUUGUAUAUACGUAUAGUUGUAUUUAAGUUAUUAUUGUUCAGAAACAUUAUGUCAAUAAAUUAUGAUAGCAUUGUAUUUUAUAUUAUUGUAAUUAGAUCCGUUAUUUUCAUCCUUUUAGCUUUCAACAGCUGUAUAUAUCAUCCGAUUUAGUGUAUUUAAUAAGAUAAUUGUCUUUUAGAAUAUUAUAAUUGCUGUGUUAGAGUUUUUGUGUGUUUGCCAUUGCUUUCAGUAAUCACUUAUCAGUCAAUUAAUAUAAAGAAUUUUUAGCAGAUGUUAAAUUUUUCAGUUCUCGUAAUCAACGCUUUUUUUAAAUUCAUCGAUGGCAUAAAUAACGAGGACAUUUUGUCAUUGAUCCUAGAAAUACCCGAGAGUAAAUAUGACGAUUAUUAACGCACCCAUCUGUUGCAUAGCUUAAAUAUUUAUUUUACAAUAUGAAUUUGC